AUGAUGUUGUGCACCAUAUCCACACCAGCUCGACCAGCUCCGCAGCGUUUCCAGGCCGCGAAGGCGGAGUUUGAAAACAUGCUGCAACUGGGAAUAAUUCGACCGUCCGAGAGCCCUUCGGCGUCUCCACUGCACAUGGUGCCCAGGGCGAUAUUGGGCGACUGGCGACCCUGUGGCGACUAUCGAGCCCUCACCAACGCUACCAUUCCUGAUCGGUACCCCGUGCCUCAUCUUCAGGACUUUGCUGGAGCCCUUUUCGGCAAUGCGGUUUUCUCGAAGAUUGAUCUGGUGCGUGCUUUUCAUCAGAUUCCCGCGCCCCUGGGGACAUCCCUAAAACCGCCGUCACCACACCCUUCGGUCCCUUCCAGUUCAGCCGCUUGCCGUUUGGUCUUCGUAAUGCGGCCCAAACGUUUCAGAGGUUCAUCGACCAUGUCUUUCGUGGCCUACCCUUUGUGUACGCCUACAUUGAUGACCUCUUGGUGGCCAGCCGGAAUGAGGAAGAACACAAAGACCGGUUUGCCUUGGUGUUUGACCGCCUUGACAAGUUUGGUGCUGUCAUCAACCCCUCCAAGUGCGUGUUAGGUGUGCCUUCGCUCGAUUCCUGGGCCAUCAGAUCAUAUCUGAAGGUUUGCGUCCCCACCCCUCCAAUGUUGAAGCAGUUCGUAAUUGUCCUCCUCCAACUUCCAAGCGUCAGUUUCAGCGAUUCCUCGGCAUGGUCAAUUUUUACCGCCGGUUCCUACCGAACUGUGCUAACCUCAUGUUGCCGCUCACCAACAUGCUUUCUGGUCCCAAAGGCCCCUUCGAGCUGACUGGUGACGCACUGACUACUUUUGAGUGAAACAAGAAUUCACUUCCCGACGCCAUUUGACUCACGCAUCCCUCUCCCGAAGCUCAGCUGUCUCUGAUGUUAGAUGCUUCGACCGUAGCCGUAGGUGUAAUCCUUCAACAACAACUUGCUGGUUCGACUAAACCACUUGCCUUUUUCUCCAAAAAGCUCUUACCAGCUGAGACACGCUGCAGUACCUUUGGCCCUGAACUACUGGCCAUAUACCUGGUUGUGAAGCAUUUCCGGCAUUUCCUUGUAGGUCGUGACUACUUUGUUUUCACUGACCACAAACCGUUGACUUUUGCGCUUCGUUCCCACUCCGAUAAGUACAAUCCGAGUAAAACCGCCCACCUGGACUACAUCUCCCAAUUCACCACCGACAUCCGCCACAUAGAUGGCACCAAGAAUGAGGUGGCAGAUAUGCUGUCCAGACCCUCACUGUCUUCCCUCUAACUCUCACACGGGAUCGAUCUUUGUGCCAUGGCGGCUGAGCAACAGCGAGUUGGUUGUCCAGAUGAGGAGUCUGUUAGUGGUCUCCAACUCAAAGACGUUCCUCUGACCACUGUCUCUGUUACUAUACUUUGUGACGGCUCAAAUCCCUUUCAUCUCAAUUUCGUGCCCACCUCGAUGCGUCGAGCUGUUUUUCAAACUUUGCAUGGUUUCUCCCACCCUGGGAUCCGAGCCUCUCAAAAGCUCCUUUUGGAAAGUUUUGUAUGGCCUGGCAUAAACAAGGACGUCAAAGCUUGGACCCGGUCGUGUCUGAGCUGCCAGCUCAACAAGGUGCAGCGGCACAACAAGGCCCCAUUGGCACCUUUCCCGGCCCUGGUGCAAGGUUGAGCCACGUUCACCUGGACAUUGUAGGCCCCCUGCCUCUGCCCAAUGGUUGUUCCUAUCUCCUCACCUGUGUGGAUCGGUUCACUCGGUGGCCUGAAGCAGUUACCCUGCUUGACAUUGCUGCUCCAACGGUGUUCUAGGCUUUUCUCCCCCGUUCGGUUGCUAUCUUUGCUGCACCCUCCACAAUCACAACUGACCGUGGUGCCCAGUUUAAGCCUAACCUCUUCCAGUCUUUACUCUCCUUUUUAGGAUGUGCCCGCAUACGGACGACAGCCUAUCACCUGGCAGCUAACGGGGUGGUCGAGCGGUUUCACUGCCAGCUGAAGGCCUCCCUGCUCGUCGCGGCCGAUCCGGAGAACUGA